AUGCCCGCCACCCCAGGUUUCUCGGAUGAACUCAUCCACUUGCCUUCUGGGUUGACACUGGAAGCAUCCUUUCAAUCUUUUUCGCCUCCAAGUAGUAGUAAUGAGGCAGGGAGAAGACUCGCUAUAUGUCUUCAUCCUUGGUCCCGACUGGGCGGGAAUAUGGACGAUCCCGUUCUCAAAAUGGUCGCAGGGAGGCUGGCGUCGAAACAUAAAUUUGAUGUUCUACGAUAUAACUCACGCGGCGUUGGCCGUUCUUCUGGCUCUGCUUCGUUCGCCGGGUUCUCCGAAGCGGAGGAUCUGAAGGAAGUGGUCAAGUAUGCCACGAAGAAUAUACAAGAUGUCCAGCAUGUUCUCCUCCUGGGUUACUCGAAUGGCUGUCUGCCUGCUUCUCUCCAUCCUGUUUUAGAGCGUCCGAUAGUAACAUCACACAUCCUUCUCUCGUACCCUCUGGGUCCCCGCGGAUUCCUGACAUUAUUCAACUCAAAGACGUACCAACAGAGCUUGGAAACCCUCCUGGGAAACCCUCGUGCACAUGUGUUAUUGCUGUAUGGGGACGUAGACGAGUUCACCGGCGUAGGUUCUUACGAACCAUGGGCCCAAAACCUCCAGAGUAUCUCGGACAAUGCCCAUCGGUUGGUAGUGCAGUGUGUGGAUGGUGGAACACAUUUCUGGAGAGGCGACGCCGCAAGGCGGAUGCUUGCUGCCAUCGACACGUUUAUAGAGUAA